GGUUUUCGAUGGUGAAAAAGAAUUUAGCAUGAAUUGCACAACAGAAAAAAAAAUGCAUCGAAUAAAAUUUACAGCUUAUGUUCAAGUGAACGUAUAUUUUCGUAGUUAUCAUAUAUAUAAAAAUAUCUUCGAGAACAUCGGCCGUCUAAAAAGAAAAAAAAAAUGCCACUGUAAUUAUUGUUCCCGAAUAAUAUUCGAUGUCUUUAGAGCACCACGAACGAACUUUGGUCAGUUAAAAACUGGGCAUGGGAACUCACUUUCUAUGACUUCAUCAGAAUACAGCUAUUUCGUUCCUCAGUACAUCAAAAAACGUUUUUAUCAACAUGCGAUGAAGAAGCAUAAAUCACGACAAGAAAUUUGCGCAUUUCUAAAAUGGCUUUGCUUUUUUAUCAAUUUUAUCGUCUUUCCACUUGGAGUAACAUUUUUGGCUCUUGGUGUUUAUUUAUGUGUGAAAGAUCCCCGUGCUGUCACUGAAUGGGCAGAUGUUUUUAUGAAUCCAGCAAUUAUGCUAAUUGCCAUCGGUCUUGCAAUAUGCACGAUUUCAUUAAUUGGUUCCAUGGGUGCUUUAAGGGACAAUAUUUUCUUGCUCAAAUCGUUUGCUCUCAGUGUAUUUUUUUGCUACAUUCUAUUGGUGCUUUCGACAUUCAUGAUAUUUAUAUUAUUUUAUUCGGAUACUAUUGAUGGUAUAUCAGCUAAUAGUAUUCUUUUUUAUUCAGUAAAAAAUUAUCACAAAAAUAGAAAUAUUGCCGAUUUCAUUGAUUAUGUUCAAGAACAGUUUGAAUGUUGUGGUGUUUCUUCAGCAUCUCAAGGAUACAGAGAUUGGCAACUUUCACAUCAAUUUAACUGUAGCGUUGCGAAUCCAUAUCCAGAACGAUGUGGUGUUCCUUUCAGUUGCUGUCGCCGAUCUGUUAUAUCUGAAGCUGUUGGUUCAAAGAAUCCUCUUUUACCCUCGAUGAGAUCGUUAGAAUGUUGGCAGAAUGCACAGAAUAAGAGGCCUCAAGAAGCUGAAGCCAGCUUGCAUACACGAGGGUGUUUGCAGCCACUAAAAUCAUUAUUCGAAAAUAAUGCUGUUUACAUUGGCUCAUUUGUGGCGAUUGUUAUUGUUCCAUGCAUCACCAUAUGUCUGUCAAAUAUACUGGCAAGACAGAUUGACCACCAGCAUUAUUUGCUGGAACGCGAAGCGCAGCGAUGUGCACGACGUCGUCGUCGUGAAAUGCAGAAAUUUCGUGAUGCGAUCGCUGUACGGAACUGUAUUGAGCGAGUUGGAAAAUCGAAUAUUAAUAAUUCACCAGCAAACGAUUUUGAUAAUAAGCCAGUAACCUUUUUGCGAUUCAUUUUCGACUCAUUUUCUUUUUUAAUGCAUCAGAUCAUUAACUGGGAAUUACUUCAUUAA